UACCAAUGUAAUGGGGUUAUAAACAAAGACUAAACGUGAUGGAUCGUCCUUCGGGGAACGAUACUGCUUCAUAUAAACGAUUUUUAGAUAAAUUUUGUGAAGAAAUAAGUGAUUUUACCUUCGAAGAUGACAACCUACCUAUAAAGAUUUUGUCAUAUUUUUUGAGAGAGGAAGAAAUUGAAGGUGAAUGUCUCGGGUGGUCACAACAAUAUCUCCUUUCGAAUGGGUGUCCUGCUGCAUUAUCAACUCAUAUAUCUUGCAGUGCUUACCUGGAUUUAUCAAAACAAGAUGUCAGCAAGUUUAUCGCUGAUGAUGACAAUGAUGAUGAUGUUGAAAAAGAUGAAGACAACAAUGGAGUUGUAAUGAGGAAAAAUGGAAAAUGUGUAUGUUCAGAUGAUAACCAAGAUAAGAUAACAUUCUUAGAUAUAAGAAAGUUAUUAAAAGAAAUAAUAGCAACAGUGCAUAAAAUUUGUCACCAAUGGAAAAAACAGUUACCUCCCCUUAAUUCAAAUUCCACAACUCAUGAAGUAUGUGUUCAUGCUAUAAAAAAUACUCGUCGAAAAAUGGAGGAUGUACAUGUCAUCUGCUCAGAUCUCAAUUCUCUAUUUAAUCUCAAGGACUGUCCUAGCCAUUCCUAUUACUCAGUAUUUGAUGGUCAUGGUGGAAUAGAAGCAGCAUUGUAUGCUUCCAGUCAUCUACAUACCAAUCUUGUACAUCAGCCUAACUUUCUUACAGAUCCAGCUGCAGCAUUAAAACAAGCUUAUAAACAAACAGAUGAGGGGUUUCUUAUUAGGGCUAAGAAUGAGAAUUUAAAGAGUGGUACAACUGGUAUAUCAGUAUUACAACAAGGUUCUAAGUUACAUAUUGCAUGGUUAGGUGAUUCUCAGGCUGUAUUAGUGAAAGAUGGACAAACAGUUGAUGUCAUGAAUCCUCAUAAACCAGAUAGGGCUGAUGAGAAAGAAAGAAUAGAGAAACUAGGUGGUAUAGUUGUUUGGUUUGGUACCUGGAGAGUAAAUGGUGCUAUAGCUGUAGCAAGGGCAAUAGGUGACAAGUCUUAUAAACCGUAUAUUUCCAGUGAUGCUGAUGUGUUUAGUGCCGAUUUAGAUGGUGAUGAAGAUUAUAUUGUAUUAGCAUGUGAUGGUGUGUGGGAUGUCAUUUCGCCAAAAGACAUACCAGAAAUUGUUUACAAUCAUAUUCAAGAACAUCAUGGGAAUAGAGCCCACACAGCUCAUCGAAUCGUAGAUCUGGCCAGAGAAAAUGGUUCCACAGAUAAUAUAUCUGUCAUUGUUGUAUUCUUACGCAACGAAAUUGCUGUACCUCAGGGAAAUCUGCAUAUUGAUUUUUUUUCAAAUUCUGCAGCUAAUAAUGAUUCUACCGGUGACAGGGAUCAAAAUACAAAUAAUAAAAAACAGAGUGAUGAAAAUAACGAAUCAAAGCCAACACAAUAUAAUGAUCAAUCCAACAAUCAAAGUGAUCUCAAAAAUGUCAAAACAACCAUUUUGAAUAUUAAAUCAGGUGAUCAAAACAACAAUGUAGAAAAAGUGAUAGAUGAUAUUUGUAACCAAAUUGGCCAAUCAGAUGGACUUUCAGAUUCACCAAUGUUAUGUGAAAUUUACCAAUCACAAAAGCCAAAAGAAACCCUGUUAAGUAAAAACAACCAAAACAGAAAUGAAAACAUGGAACUGUCAAAGAACAGUUCCAGUCAAAAAAAAAAGUCUGAAAGUAGAUAUAAAUAUCUUGAAAUAGUUCCAUGCAAUUGUUAGAAAUACCUGUAGGUGUGUAAAUCUCUGUGUCAUAAUAUUUAUAUCCUCAUUUUAUGUAUUUUCUAAGAUAUCUAUUUUAAUUCUUUGUUAUGGACGAGACCAAACCAAAGAGAGAAAUGUAAUUGUUAUGUAUGUUUGUACAAAACAUUUUAAAGAAUAUUCCACAUAAAAUAUUUAACUCAAAACUUAUAAGCAGCAAUAUUAUAUUGUACCGGUAAAUAUAUGUAUUAUGUAUCUAUCUAUAUCUACCUCAGUGUACUCUCAAACAAGAUAUUAAACAAAUUUACACAAUCAUCUUAAAGCUACAUGUUAAGUAAAGUUUGAUUUUUUCCAUAUAAUCAAUGUAGAAAAAAUUUGGAUUUUUUUCUGGAUUUUUUUCGGGGGUAAACUCAAUUUGACUGUACACUUAAUGUUUGGAUUUUCAAGUAUUCAUGGAUUUUCCAAUAUUUUUGUUAUUGGGUAGUUUGUAUUUUCCCCUAUCAAUAUUUGUUGGUAACAUGGUUUGACUGCAGUAGAUCAAAUGCAUAAUAAUAAACAAUCUGUCAAGAUCUGAUUUUUCUAAUGCUGGAUUUACACUUUUGAUUUUCUAUUAGUAAAUCAUAAUGAUUUGAUUUUCUAAUAGUAAAUUACAAUGACUUGAUUGUCUAUUAGUAAAUCACGAUGAUUUGAAGUGGUUCAGCAGUCGGACUAAAAAAUGGUAGUCUAAUCAUGUUACCAUUACAACUUUAAAUUUACUGAUUUAGACAAAACAGUUUUAUACAGUCUUUACUGUGACAAAUAAAGAUCUUUUCAAAACAUUUAAUGAUAUACAUUGUAAUUAGCCAAAACGUAUUGUGUGACCAAGAUUAAGAUUUUGUGAUCUUUAUUCUGAGAACACCUUGGAAAGAAUAUAUUUCACGAAAGCCACAAAAAGGCACUGUCUGUGCCUUAUGGCAUUAUGCCAUUCAAAUAUAACAAUUAAAUAUCUUUUUUAUAUGCUCCCCGCCCCCUUGAAAUGUUGUGUACAUUGUCGUCCCCCCAACUGUCAGGCCACCAUCCACUAUUGGUUGUGGUUAAAGAUAUCAUUCGAUUCACUUCAAAUUUAUACAGUGUUAAAGUUUCUGAGACAAGGGAUUCUAUUGAUUUCCGGUAAUUCCUGUCAGAGUUAUCUCCCUUUAACACUUUCAUAGGGGAUGCUCGAUUCACAGUCCAGAACGUCCCGAAUUGACAUAAUUGCAAUCGAGUAACGCGGAAUUCAGUUCUGUCACAGUUCUGUCAGUCCCAACAGCGGAGGUGGUGUGAGUAGAAUCGUGACGUAAUUAAAAGGUUUCAGCUGCACGGUUGGUUGAGAUAUUUACUAAUUCAGUCGACGCAUGCGCUGUAGCCCGAAAUCCACCUUUUCACUCGAUUGUCACUAUUUUUGGAAUUGAAGGAAUUCAAUUCCGGAACGUUCAAUCGAGUACCCCCAUAGUCAUAUGGUCACACUGACUGCAAGAGUUAUGGCUCUUGAUCAGUUUGGACACUCUAGUAACGAAAGUUAUCAUCUGAUCAAUCUGAUUAAAACACAGAUCCUAUUUCAUUUCAUUUUUUAUAGUUCAAAAUUUCAUUUCACUAGGAUCUGAUGUGAGGAAUUAGCCAAUGAAACGGUUUGUUACGGCGAGUUCUUGGCGUGCUCUGCAUGAAACUGUGGGUAAACCGCUAGAAACGUUAAUGCUGAUUGAUUAAUGAUCUUCAUGUAGUGUAGGCUAUCGAAAGUAUAAAAAAACAACUGAAAUAUAGAUCUGUAUUUUAAUCAGAUUGUCAUCUGAUUGACUUUACAUGUAUACACAGUGUUAAUGUCUUGAGACAGAGAAACCUAUUGAGUUUCUAUCAUAAGGUCUGUUAUUGAGUCAACUGGCAUGGUCUUGAUUCCCCGGUUGUAAGUGGCAAGGAGUAGGGUCGCCUGUCCUCCGGUUUCCUCCCACUGCGAAAGAUCCCUACGCUGAGCAAAUUAUUGAAAUAAAAUUGAACCAUGUUAGUCCAGAAAUGACCUAGUUUGUGUCAAGUGGACGUUAAACCCCAUUUCUUAUCAAGAUAAGAUAACUUUGAUUCAAACUGAUGGAGACUGAUUAAACUUAGUGUAUAGUUUCACUACCGGCUACUUUGAUCAUUAACAUUUUAUGCUUAGACUAAGUAUAGAUAAUAAGCUUAAUUGCUCAUUACUUUUGAAAAGGAUAAAUGAUGUGCAAUAAAAUAAUAUGUAUCAUCUAUUUAUUGAUGGAUUUUGGCAGGGGACAUCAGCCUCACUGUUGGCUUGUUCUCGUAUAAAUGCUAUUAUCUAUAAAAGAAUAAAUAUUUGUGGACUGCUCAGAUGACUUAGAUGCUGUGGGUGUAUGUUCUGUUUCCUAGCAACCUAUCUUUAUACUUUUAAUAGGUAACUUUAAUCAGUAGUUCUAGAAUAAAAGUAUAAACUCUCAGGUAAUCAUUUAUGAUGGCAUUUAAAUGAUUCCAGUAACAAAUAUCAGAAAUAUAUCAUAAGUAUGUAUAAUAUUCUUGUCUCUCCAGUGGGUGCACAGAAUUAGUACUUAAUAAAAAUUAGCUUCAAACUCAGUUAUAUUGCAUCUUAGUUUAAUUAAGAUUAUACCAAUAUUUUAUUUUGGUCCAAUGCUCAAAAUUUUAUUGGUAAGCUCUCUGUCAUCCUGCCAGUGAAGUUCCAUGGUGCUUUUGUGUUCUUGUUACAGGCCCAGAACACACUUUUACUUAACAUUGUUAUAGAUGUUAAAGGAGUGACAAACCAAAUAAUGAAACAAAAUCAGAUUGUUGAUACCUAAAUUAAUAUGCUUAAGAGGUCUUAUUUUGUUUAGCAUCUAGUGUAAUUGAAUUAAUUUGUGUACCUAUGGGCAAAUAAAUCUAUAAAUGCCAUAUGUAGUAGACAUAUAUAAUUAUAAGAAUAUUUACUUAUAUGAUUGUUUUAGUAUUAAAUUUAGACUGUUGUUUAUAGUGCUUUUAUAACAAUAUACACUCUGUUAUAUUAUUAAUAAUAUCUAUUCAUAUUAAGACCAUGUUAUAAUUAAUGAUAAUAAUGACAUAAUAGGGUAAAUUAAAGAACAGUAAUUAUAAUAUAUGUAUUUGUACUUAGUCUCUAAUAGUUAUUUAGUAUUUUUAUGAUAAAGGUUUCAUGGACCUUUUGUGAAAGAUGAUUGUUUCGAUUAUAAUUUCUUGGCUGCUCCUCAUUGAAAUGAUUUGAUAUUUUCGUUCUUGAUGGAAAAGUGGAUGUGACUUAGCCUAUAAAGCUAUUUUGAAAUGUCUGUGCUUGUCUGGCAUUUGUUAACUUUUAUUUGAUUUUAAAAUAUCAUUAGAAAAUUGCUUUUAUUACCGGAAGUGAAAGGAUUUUGACAAACAAGUGUUUUUUAGUUAGCCUUUAAGAAUAUUAUUUUUCAAUUCCAUUCAACAAAUAAUACAAAUAUAUACGAUCUUGCGAGAAAUAGGGCUUGAAUGUCGUCCAUAUUCAGGGAAAGUGGGUGUGACUAGUGGUAUUUUGAAACUCCCAGCGUGAUCUGAAAGUGCCGAAUUUGCUGUAAUAAACUGGCAUCCAGUUAUUUAUGGACAGUUUUCUAUGACAUUUUAUCAGGUUAUUAGUGGGCCCGAAUGUAAAAAUAUAACCACCUUUUCUAUAUUAUCUCCCUUAUACCAAAUGACAACAAAUUUUUAAAUAAGUUUCCCCUCUUAGCACAACACUAUUUAAUGGUUUCAUGGAAUGUGAGUGGGUACUAGCUUGCUAACCAGGAGUUCCGGGUUUGACCCAGAUGUAUGCCUAGAAAGUUCCUCUGGAUUUUCCAGCGUAGCUAACCCUGGUCAGAGGUGCAGAAUGGAUUUUCUGACAGUGGACAGUAUAUAGUGGUUUGAAGGGAUGGAAAAAUUGGCUUGCAUGUAAAACUACCCUUGAGUAGGUUGUGACACCGCUAUCCUGGCAAAAUUUCUCUCAUAGCACACUGCAUGGCAUAUGCUUGGUUUCAUUAGCCCUGAUAGGACAGAAAAGUAGGAUGUUAAACCCUAUUUCAUGGAUUGGAAUGGGUUUCUCUAUCAGUGGCAACCCCCAGUCCUCCAAAUGAAUUUAUACUUAGGAUCAAUCCGCCAAGGAAGUGAAAUGAUAAAACCAGUUUUAUAGAUAACUGUUAUUGUAAUAAUCAUAUUAUUUGUUAUUUUCCUGUAUAAAAAUAAAGUCAAGUAUGGGAUAA